UAGUGUUGGCGUCUAAUGGGGUGCACAGUUCACAGCUCCAAGCAUCCCUGUGCACAACAAAACAAACCAAGCAAAAUGGUCUUCAAGUUCGUCAUCUUCUCGUCCUUCGUGGCUUUGGCGUACGCCAGCGCGCCGGCGGCCAUCGCAGCGGCGCCGGUUGCGGCGGCACCCGUCGCCUACACUGCGCCGUUCGCAAGAGUUGAAGAAUACGAUCCUUUGCCUCAGUACAGAUUCGGAUACGACGUCGCCGACUCUCUUACUGGAGACUACAAGAGCCAGCAGGAGCAGCGCGAUGGAGACUUCGUCCAGGGUCAGUACUCGCUUGUCGACCCCGACGGCACUCGUCGUAUUGUGGACUACGCCGCCGAUCCCGUGAAUGGUUUCAACGCGGUCGUCCGCAAGGAACCCCUAGUCGCCGCUGCUCCUGCCGUUGUCGCCGAACCCGCCGUCGUUCCUGCUCGCAUCGCCGCCGCACCUGUCGUAGCCGCUAAAGUUGCCGCCCCUGUGGUCGCGCAACCGGCUGUAGUUCCUGCCCGCUACGCUGUCGCUGCCCCCGCUCCUGCUGUCGCCGCACCAGUUGUUGCCAGAUACGCCGCAGCGCCCGUUGCAGCACCCGUCGCCGCUCCCGUGUAUGCUCGCUACGCCACCGCACCGGUGUAUGCGCGUUACGCCGCCGCCCCAGUCUACGCAUCCUACGCCGCCGCUCCCGUUGUUGCUGCACGUUACGCCGCAGGUCCCGUAGUAGCAGCCGGUUACGCUGCGCCUGUUGCCGCUGCUGUUAAAGCUGCACCCGUAGCUUACACCGCCGCGUACCCCGCGCCCGUCGCCGCCGCCUACACCGCGCAAGUGGCUUACAACGCUCCGAUCUCUUAUGCGGCCCCAGUAGCCGCUGUGCCGUCCCCUGCCCGCUUAGUGGCCCCUGCGGCUGCCGUGGCGCCAGUAGCCGCGGUGGCGCGCGCAGCGCCAGCCAAGCUCGUCCAGCCAGUUGCCGCCGGAUACAGAUACCCCUGAACCAAACCACGACUUGAUGACUCACUUUGUAAAGACUUGAUUUGUACAUAGAUAAUAAAUAUCUUUUCACUAUU